UAGAGUUUCCACCAUACUACUCUGCAGUGUACGAAUAGAAUAGUUCAGUGCCUAAAAAGUACUCUCAUAAAUUCCAACAUACCCCAAUUCCCUCAGUUCAAUGGAUAGUAAAUGAACAUUGUCUCGAUAACAUAAUCAGACCCAUGGAAACUGUUGCAAAGCAAAAAGAAGCAGAAGAAGAAACCAGUAAUAAAAAGCAAAAUAAGAUAACCCAAGUUGUAAUCUUGGACUCAGAUGCUGCUGUUUCAUCUGCUAGUGAAAGUCAAGAAAGUAGAAGAUGGUCAGCUGAGAUUCUUUAUUACAAGGUAAAGGAGCAGAAUCACGAUUACAUGGACAGUAACAGUACAGUUAUGGAUUUGCAUGCAACUAAAUUUGCUGGGGUUCAUAAGAGAAAAUGUGGUAAAUAUGGUGCUGCAAUUAAAGAUCCUAUUAAGAAAAAAAAGGUUAAGUUGGGUAGCUUUAAAACUGCUCAACCAGUCAAGGCAAAUCAAGGCUCUAGUAAAAGUAAAUCCUCUGCUUCUGCCACUGCCCAGCUCAUGCAAAAAAUUCCAUCUUCACUGCUCAAACCACAGGGCUCAAAUUCCACUAACACAACUAGUGCUGCUGAAAGAAAUGGUAAAAAUCCCUUUAUUAGGGAGAUAAGAGAAGACCCUUUUCAGGAAAAGCAGGGAACAAGAAGAUCACCAUCUGAUGGGUGUAAUAGUAAUACUGUAACAACAAGCAAUACUAAAGCAAAAAUAAGCUUACAUGGAAUCCGAAGGCAAAAGAACGGCAAGUAUGGUGCUGUAAUUAGAGACCCCAUUAGGCUUAAGCAAAUAUGGUUGGGCACUUUUGACACGGUUGAAGAGGCUUCAGAAGCUUAUUUCUCCUACAAGUCUGAGUUUGAUAAAUUAUGCCAGCUGGGAAAUAAGGAGAAUAAACCAAAGGAUUGUGGUCAAAUUCAGCACGAAUCGCCUGUUGGCGCAUCGUCGUCCUUAGAUACUGCUAGUGUAGGUAGAAAUAAAAGACACAAAACAACACAUAUCAUUGGGGUUCACAAGAACAAGUGGGGGAAAUAUACAUCUGAGAUUACAAACCCCAUCACUAAGAAAAAAAUUUGGUUGGGGACUUUUCAUACUGCUGAAGAGGCUUCCCGGGCUUAUCAAUCUAAGAAACUCGAGUUUCAGAAACUAGUCAACGCGAAGGAGCCGCAAAGUACUAAUAAGAACACUCAUUCGAAGCAACAUGGGAAAAAGAAAUUAGUCAAUGGCAAACAAGGCCAUGUAAAUUGUGAAGCAUUUCAAAGUGGCCAAAGGAUUGAUUCUUGCGAGCAAAGCCACUCCAUAAGUAUGACAAGAAAUUUGUUGGGGACUAGUCUUGACACUGCUGAAGAAGCUUUCCAUGCUUAUCAUCCGUUUAAGGAAUUCAAUUUUCAGUGCUCAACAAAGUGCGAGCUGCAAAGCAAUGUGCCAACUGAUUCUAGUGGAGGGGAGAAGAAGCUAGAAGGUCAAGUUGAUGAAGAUUUGUGGAUGGGACAAUGGGUACAACUUACAGGUGGUAGUGAAGUCAAAUUUUCGCUGAAACUCGGCUUACCAAUCAUUGAUAACUAUGGAUCUCUUUUAGGUGAGUUCAGCUGUUUGGAUGAUCUCAGUAUUUGUUAUACUGAUGAUGAAUGUUUUGCCUAGCUAAUAGUUUGGAAGAUUUUGAAUUGCAAGAAGAUUUUUGGGUAGUUUAUAGUCUUAGGACUCUGUAGAUAGUAGUAAUAUGUAAGCUUCUUGCAACUUUUGGUCUUUGUCAAUAUUAUAAUGACUCAUGGUAUAUAUGUGCAUAUUAGUAAA